GGGAAAGACCGCCACCUAGUGGUGAAUGUAUACCACUUCAUCCUUUGUCACUUUUUGCUUUCUUCUCACCGGCGUAACUUCUGCCCCAAUCAUCGGGGAUGAACUAAGGGCGGACGCGGCCUCUCCACGACCCGGUUUUCCUGCCUCCGUGCAGGGGUCACAGCAGGGCUUAACCCGAGCCCAGCCUAAGGAAGGGUGCGCUUCUCUUUACAAUCAAAAGCCGUGCUGCUCUGCUUUAAGGAAUGCAACGGAAUGCUGUCACUUAAUGCUCUUUUUAAUGUCGUUGUACAUUUCAGCUCUUUGUUUUUAAGUUUCAUUUAUUUUUUCAAAAAGAGAGAAACGAAAAACCCGUGCUGCUCUGUUCUGCUGGCAGCAGAGCCUCCGCAAGGCGGAGCGGUGCCCCUCUCUUGGUCAUCGGAAGUUCUCCGUUGCAUAACCGCAGCAAAGGCUUCCCUCCCUCCCUCCCUUCUGGAGCCCUCAGAUCUGCCCCUCCCCCGCCGGGCAUCAGCAGUGCCAACCCGGUGCUGCCAUCUAGGGAGGGCGAGGCAAGCAGCAAGUCUGGAAUUUACCCAGUGCAAAGGUCGAAAACUUCAAUAAUCAAAAAAGAGCCACCCACCCCCGCCCCGAUAAUAAGGCUCUCGCCCAAACGCCGGGCUGGCUGGCGGCUGCAGCGCAAUCAGGCCUUGAAGAUGGCCGCGCGUUUGUUCGAAGGGAAGGCUCACGCCUCCGUCUACCACCGGUACCGGUUCUCGCCCCCCGAGAAACUCCAAGAGGUGAUCUGGGCUUACCUGGAAAACAAGAAAGUGAGCUCCUUUCAGCUGGCGGUGGACGUGGGCAGUGGCUCAGGCCAAAGUACGCUGUGGCUGGCAAAGCGCUUUGAGAAGGUGGUUGGAACGGACAUAAGUGAAGCUCAGAUUGAGGAGGCCAAGCAAGCGGCCCAUCCUCCAAAUGUCUCUUACCUCGUGUGCCCUGCGGAAGACCUCCCAUUCAAGGAUAACUCUGUGGACUUCGUCUUUUCUUUUGCUGCCGUCCACUGGUUUGACAUCCCACGCUUCAUGAAGGAAGUGCAGAGAGUCCUCAAGCCUUCGGGCUGCGUGGUAUUGGCCACCAAUUGCAUGGACAUGCAAGUGCAUUACAAAGAUUGUACGGGGAAGCUGACCGAGAUCUUCAAAGAGUUUCGAGCAGAGAUCUUCAAAUAUGCCAAUGAAAAAGUUUCUCGUGUAGAAGAUGAUUACAAAAUGGUAUUUGACACUCUGCCAUUUCAGGACAAGCAGAGGAUCACGGAUAUCUUUGGCACAGUGCCUUUUACUGUGGCUGGAGCCCUGGGAUAUUUCCAGUCCUUUUCUAUGUACCAAACCUGUCUAAAAGCUGAGCCUGAGGUAGCCAAGUCCCUUAUCCAAAACAUUGAAAAAAGGUUCCUGGAGGUGAUGGAAGUUUCCUCACUUGAGACUCCAGUGGAGAUCAGGUUUCGGCAUGCUACAGUCCUGGGGUGCAAGAAGUCCUGAAAGGAACACAGAUCCAGGCAGGAGGUCUGUGCACAUGGGGCAUGAGUUUUCCCAGUGUUGAAAAACACCUGAUUACAAUUUGAAGGGAAGGAAAAUAUUAUUCCAAGACGAACAGAAAACAAGUGUCAGAGGCGAUCGGAGGACCAGGGGCUGCCGGAUGGCUUGUUUAUCUUCCAAAGCAAUAUCGUUUCCCAGUUUUAAAGUUAAAAGUGCCAGUGUGGUUGGAACAGGUUGUAAACCUCCCUCCACUCACCCUUAGAGCUCACGUGGGCCAGCUGCGUGCACUUGGCCUAGCCUCCCUUACCGCGUGUCUCUUAGGAUGACACUGGAGAAGCCUCUCCUGAUAUGUUAUUUGGAGGUCUUUGUAUAACUAACAGCCACAGUUUCAUCCUGCAAACUGGGAUUAUAGCACCUACCACCACCAAGAGGCCUGUAACAGGAGCUCACCUGUCAUAUUUUCAUAUUAAUCUCUGCUUUGAUUCUACUUAUUAAAUCUUCCAAUUUUCUCAUUUUUGGUGGAUGAUUUUGAGUUAUGGUUUUUCUGUCUCAAAAACCAAUGCAACAAAAAGAUUAAAGAAUCUGUAAAAACGCUAAAAA